UAGUACUGGCACGUCUUAUUUCCUCGCCUUCGCCAGGGUGAACCUUGCACGAUAGCUCAUGCGCGAGAUGGUGGCGGCUCCGCAAGCGUGGCUCCUGCUGCUCUUCCCUCUCGUCCUCCUCUUACUCGCGCGCUCCUUCUCGCUGGCAAGAUGGUUCCGUGCCAACGGCGCGAGGGACCGGCGGCAGCAGCGGAAGGAGCUGGACGACGACCACCGCCUCCCGCCUUCCCCUCCGGCGCUGCCGGUCCUCGGCCACCUCCAUCUCGUCGGCUCGCUCCCUCACGUCUCCCUCCGGAACCUCGCCAGGAAGCACGGCAUGGACCUCAUGUUCCUCCGCCUCGGCGCGAUGCCCGUGCUCGUCGCGUCGUCGCCACGCGCCGCCGAGGCGGUGCUGCGCACGCACGACCACGUGUUCGCGUCCCGGCCGCAGUCCCUCGUCGCCGAGGUCAUCAUGUACGGCCCGUCCGACGUCGGCUUCGCGCCCUACGGUGACUACUGGCGGCGGGUCAGGAAGCUCGUCACCACGCAACUGCUCAGCGUCAAGAAGGUGCAGUCGUUCCGCCACGCCCGCGAGGAAGAGGUGGGCAGGGUGAUGGCCAAGAUCGGCGAGGCGGCCGCCGCGGGCGUGGCCGUGGACGUGGGGGACCUGCUCAGCUCGUACACCAACGAUCUUGCGUGCCGCGCCGUGAUGGGCAAUUGCAGUUCCUUCCACACCGAGGGCCGGAACAAGCUGUUCCGGGAGCUCGUCUCCGACACGUCUCCGCUCCUGGGCGGCUUCAACAUCGAGGAGUUCUUCCCGUUCCUUGCUCGCUUCGGCGUGCUCAGCAAGGUGGUCCGCGCCAAGUCGGAGAGGCUGAGGAGGAGGUGGGACGAGCUGCUGGAGCCGCUGAUCGAUGACCACGAGAGGCAGUAUGAUGCGCCGGCGGCGGCGGCGAGUGAUGCGAAGGGCUAUGACUUCAUACAUGUUUUGCUCUCCGUUCGAGAGGAGUACGGCCUCACAAGAGAACAGAUGAAAGCUCUCCUGCUUGACGUGUUUUUCGCGGGGAUAGAGACAUCAGCCGCGGUGCUCGAGUUCACCAUCGCCGAGCUCAUGCGGAGGCCACACCUGAUGAAGAAACUGCAAGCUGAGGUGAGGAGCAGCGUCCCCAAGGAAGCAGACGCUGUCACCGAACCCGACCUAGCCGGCAUGACUUACCUGAGGGCUGUUAUAAAGGAGUCUCACCGGCUACACAACGUGACUCCGUUGCUCGCGCCGCGUGUCUCUAUGGCUAGCUGCAACAUCGAUGGCUACACGAUCCCAGCUGGGGUACAGGUCUUGAUCAACACCUGGGCCAUCGGCAGGGACGCCCGAUUCUGGGGGGACGAUGCCGAGGAGUUCAUCCCCGAGAGGUUCAUCGGUGAUGCCAGCGCUGCACAUGUUAGCUUCAAAGGUAACGAUUUCCAGUUCCUGCCUUUCGGGUCUGGACGGAGGAUGUGCGCUGGAAUGAACUUCGGGAUGGCCGCCGUAGAGCUGAUGCUGGCGAACUUUGUGUACUGCUUUGACUGGGAGCUGCCGCCGGGGAAGCAGGGGCAUGACAUUGAUAUGGCAGAAGUGUUCGGGCUCGUGGUGAAGCGGAAAGAGAAGCUUCUCUUAGUACCAAAAUUUCGUGUAUAUUAGCCUGUCGGAUUGGAGCGCUACAAUUAAUAAAAGUUGCAUUGGCGUAUAUCAAUUCAACAUGCAACAUGAAGUGUACGGGUGUAAAACGCAUAUGAAUUUUAGUAUAAAAAGAAUCGACCGGGGAAUCACUAUAAAUACCCUCAUUUAUUUUCCAUA